GAAAGUAGGAGGAACCUUUAUACACUUUAUACUUAGCAUAUUUUUUUUCUGUUAAUGUUUAUUAUGAUUUAUGAGAUUCUGAAACAGAAAGAUCUCUUUUUACCAAAACCAUGGCAGACCCAGUUUUGGCUUAUUAGCUGGGACAAAAAAGAUGAUAUAAAAGAAUCCAUUUUGGUUGGUAAGAGCCUUUAAUUCAAUCGUACGAUGGAUCAAGUUUUAGCCUUUAAAAAGUGGUGUUAUUCGCUUGCAGAGCUUAACUCUCAGUCCCAAUGGGGUGUUUGAAACUCAAUGGGGUGUUUGAAAUGCUUUACUCAAUGUAGGGUUUGAACCUGAAAGUCUGAAACCCAAACAAGUUCACUCACGGAGUUUUUUGUCAGUGGGUAUCUUUCAUAUGCAGUAGUACACGUUGCUCCACAAAGUUAGAAAGAGAGAGAGAGAGAAAUAGAGACAGAGAAUUCGGCGCUCUUUCUCUUUUUUUGAAUUCAAGAUCAGAUAAUAAGAAGCUGGUUUGGUUUUGGUCUGGAUCUUGGGGAUCGUGAGAGAGAAUGGGAAAAGCUAGUAGAUGGUUGAAGGGGUUGUUGGGGAUGAAGAAGGAGAAAGACCACAGUGGCAAUUUGGCUCCUGACAAGAAAGAAAAGAGAAGGUGGAGUUUUGCAAAGUCAGGGAAAGAUGUGCCUGCAUCACCAAACAUUAGUCCCACAUCGGCCACUGAUAAUCCCUGGCUCAGAUCCUAUAUUGCUGAAUCAGAGAGCCAGCAAAACAAGCAUGCCAUUGCGGUGGCUGCUGCCACCGCCGCCGCCGCAGAUGCUGCUGUCGCCGCCGCUCAGGCGGCUGUGGCAGUGGUGAGGCUGACUAGUCAGGGCAGAGACUCCUUGUUCAGUGGAAGCAGAGAGAAGUGGGGUGCUGUCAAGAUCCAAACUUUCUUCAGAGGCUAUUUGGCGCGGAAGGCUCUUAGAGCACUGAAAGGAUUGGUUAAGAUACAGGCUCUUGUUAGAGGCUAUCUAGUUAGGAAGAGGGCUGCUGCAACUCUUCAUAGUAUGCAAGCUCUAAUAAGAGCUCAAGCUGCUGUUAGAACACAGCGAGCUCGUCGUUCCAUGAGCAAAGAAAAUAGAUUUCUACCUGAAGUUCUUGCAAGAAAAUCUGUGGAGCGAUUUGAGGAAACAAGGAGUGAAUUCCACAGCAAAAGGCUACCUACAUCUUAUGAAACAUUUGAUGAGAGCCCCAAAAUUGUUGAAAUUGACACUUACAAGACUAGAUCAAGAUCGAGGCGCUUCACCACUACGAUGUCUGAGUGUGGAGAGGACCUGCCCUGUCACGGGAUCUCGUCGCCUCUUCCUUGUCCAGUCCCCGGCCGAUCCCCGGCUCCUGAUUGCCAGCAUGUUCAGGAUUUCGAUUGGUACUUCAAUGUUGAUGAGUGCAAAUUCUCCACAGCACACAACACCCCUCGAUUCGCAAAUUUCGUGCGUGCUAAAACUCCAGCUACGCCGGCCAAGAGUGUUUGUGGAGACACUUUCUUCAGGCCUUACUCCCAUUUUCCUAACUACAUGUCCAAUACUCAGUCAUUUAAGGCAAAGCUAAGGUCUCACAGUGCUCCAAGGCAAAGACCUGAAGCCAAGAAGAGGCUUUCGCUCAAUGACAUGAUGGCGGCGAGAAAUAGCAUAAGUGGUGUUAGAAUGCAAAGGCCAUCUCAUUUGCAAACUCAGGAUGAAAUAGAAUCCUGGAAUUUAUGACACAGCCAUGCCCUGUCACAGCUGGAGAAUCAAAAGGAGAAAAAACUUGAGUCUAGAUGAUGUUAGUGCUUUGGAAUGUGUUUUUCCACUUGUGCUGGAGUGUGUACAUUCUUUGAAAGAGUUUUUUUUUUUCUUUUUCAAUCAUGUCUUUUCUCUUGUACCAAGUGAUUUACAUCUAGUAAAGAAUUUGGCUUGUUUUUUCUUUAAGAACAGAACUUGGUACACUAA